AUGCCUGCCUCUAGCCCGCAGAUCCCGGCAGAAGCGGUGAGGCCAGGCUCCUUGUACAAGUGCCCUAACGUGAAGGUGCUCAUGCCCGCGGGGGAGAUGGUGGAGGUGGUGGUGGGGGAGGUGUACUCUCCUCACCGUUUCUGGAUGAUCCGCCGAGGGGCAGACACGCUGCAGGCUCUGGACGCCCUCAUGGAUCGCAUGUUUGAGUUCUAUGGGAGUCCAAUUGGGGGCCGUUACAUGGUGCCAAACGACUUCGUCACUAUAGGCUUCCCUGUGGUGGCGCUCUAUGCCAACGAUCUCAACUUCUACCGUGCCAUUGUCACCAACCUGGAGGAUCUGACAACAGUCAGGCUCUUCUUUGUGGACUACGGCACAAUCUGCCGCUGCGAUCACUCCUCGCUGCGGCUCCUCCACAGAGCCUUCCUGGAGCUGCCGGCACAGGCCAUUAAGGCCUCCCUGUGCGACGUGAGCCCCCCGGGAGCCAGCCGCCUGUGGCCCAGGGCGGCGUCUCAGAGGUUCCUCGAGAUGAUCCAGAACAAGGCCUUCGUGGCGCAGGUCUUGGUGUCGGAGUGGUUGGCAGCAUGGGAGGUAGUUCAUGGAGACACCGAGCUAGAUAUCGGGAUCACCAACACACCAGAGCUUAGUUUAACCAUACUUUUAUUGGAAUCUCUUGCACCAUGA